AUGCCUCACAGUCAAUGCUUUCAACGUUCAACACUUCCAAAGCUUGUCGAUGACCAUCUUUCCUCUGGAAAAGGCAAAGAAUGGAUGCCAACGUCGUCGCAAGUCAACGUAAGAGAAAAAUUCCGCUUCCAAACGUACUCUGAUAAAAUUUCAGGCGGUAUUCAAUAUUGGCACAAACACAAACUUAAGCCAAGCGAGACACGAACACGAGACACCAUUAAGGAGACGAAGAAAGUAAAUAACCUUUCACAUCAGCCGAAAUGCACUGCUUGUGGUGGUUUGCUCUCUCAUCGAAUGAGCCUGAAAAGUAUACACUCGAAAUUUACUGAACGUCAUUCGAAGUGCGCGUUCGGACGUGAAUAUUGUGAUGUAAUUGGUCCAUGUGCGGAAUGCUGUUUGACGGAGCAACGUAAUGCUAUUGUCAAGAAACAGUCUGUGGAGUUUCCGGGAUUGGAGGUUACACCAAGAAGACUUGUGGCACCAAACCUGGUCCAAGUUAUGAUGCAGCACAGUCAGAUUGAGCUCGGAGAUAAUGCAUCUGAACUUUCUCAAAGUCACCAGGGUAGGAGCGUCCUCGAACUGCCACUCAUUCCUGUCGACACGCUGAGGUAUAUGAGGAGGGAAGCUGGGAGUAGCAAGCAUAAGCGAAAUACUUUCAUAACAGACCAGGAACCAACGUUUAAGAAGUACAUAGAGAUUCGCCUACCAAAAAUCUGA